UACUUUUUUUUCUUCAUCUUUAUCUUUUUGGUGGUGUGUUAAAAUUACGAGCACUGAACAAAAAAACAGAAAAAGAAUAGGACUUUUUAAAUCUUUUGGAUCAGAUAAAGAACAUUGGUAUCAUCGGAAUGGAAUUUGGGGACGGCGUUUCCUUCGCCGUCGUCCCCACUGUCUUCAAGAGAGAAGACUACAAGCGGACCAAACACGACUCCGUUUUCUCCAACUGGCAGGUUCUUAUAGGAUCCAACGAUUGGGAGGAUUUCAAAAACGGAAAAGACGGUGUAUGUAGAUACAGAGUCCAGAACUUACCCCGUAAAUCAUUCCCCGGUCUGUAUGAGCUUGGCGUAGCGGUCAUUGAUUCAGACCAAGGUCGAAAGCUUGAACCUGAUGAUGUUCUUGCUGCAUAUCUAGGACAAGCUGAAAGUGUUAGGUCUAGACUCCAGCGUUAUGGAAGAUCCGGUGCUCAUUUGCGCAAUGUUUAUAGCCUUUUCGACUGUGAAAUCGUUGAGUCUCCAGUUAAGAAGGCUGCUACCGGGGGUUUAUUUGAGGACAUUUUCUCCAAAGGAGGCUCCAUACUAUACAGAUGGGCUCCGAUGGGAUCUAAGAGGGUAGCUGAGGCUACAGAAGGAAUGCUUUUGAGCACAUUUGACUAUGCUUGGAACAAAGGGAGUAACGGGGAACGACGACAGCUUGAUUUGCUUAAGAAGCUCGGUGAUCGCAAGUUUAUGAGCAAGAGAAAGCCCGGGAUAUCAAGAGUGUUGUUUCCUUUUCUUAGUAACCAAGUUGGUAUCAGAAUCAAAGGAGAGAAGCAUGUGCUUAAAGAAGAGAGAAAGCUAAGCUCUGAUGUUGAUGAAGAGAAGAGUACUAAUUUCCUUAGUUCGAUACUCAAACUCACCCGGUCUAGACCUCAACCAGUUUCAGACAGAUUUGAUGAGAUGGAUGGUUCUUGUACUGAUUCAGUCUGUGGAGUCAUACUUGAAAAUGGAGGUUUUUGCAAUAGAAGUCCAGUUAAAGGAAGAAAGAGAUGCAUAGAGCAUAAAGGGCAGAGAGUUUGUCGUGUUUCACCAGAAAAGCAAACACCGCCCCCGAAUCUUGAGAUUUUCACCGGACAAGAUCGUCACAGUCAUAAAGACUCUGAUGUUAGGUGUGGAGUGAUCUUGCCUGACAUGGAAUCUUGUAGUAAGAGGGCUGUUCAAGGAAGAAAACGAUGUGAAGAUCAUAAAGGCAUGAGGAUCAAUGCUUUCCUCUUUCUUCUUAACCAGACAGAUCGUGAGAAAACCGUCAAAGACGACAAUUCUUCUGAUCUCGAAUCGCAUAGAGAGUUAAACGAAGAAGAAGAAGAAGCUUUGACGCGCUUUUGUGAAGCUACAACGAAGAAAGGCUUACCUUGCACAAGAAGUCCUCCUAAAGGAAGCAAAAGGUGUUGGCAACAUAAAGAGAAGACUUCGCCGAUAUGUUUUCAGCCAGAAAUCAUAGCUUGUGGAGUUAAAUUAUGCAAUGGAUUGACAUGUGAGAGAUCUCCGGUAAAAGGACGUAAGAGAUGCGAAGAGCAUAAGGGAAUGAGAAUCACCUAAAAUUACCUCUUUAUUAUAUUUGUUUACUUUGUUAUUUAACGGAAAAUGUUUGUACCAAACUGUUAUACUUGAUUACUCAAAAUUUCAUUUUUAUUAAUUCGAAAUCA